AUGCUUGGAGUUCUUAUAAGACACGGCACAUAUCACAGCUCGCUUGCAUACACGGGCGAACAGAGGUGGCCUGGGCAGCAAGUGGCUGUAAGGGGGCGGAGGCAGGGCGGUGAGUGGCAGUUGAUGAGGUGGAUAGUGGUGGGAGUAGGAGUAUGGAGCUGUAUAGGUGGCAACAUGGCAGCACAUGGAGGGUGGGGCUGGUGGUAG